GCUUCAACUUCAAGUUCAGGUGGCUUCAAGUUCAGCUAGGGGGAUUGCUUGACGCCUAGCUCCAGAUGGCACUUCAGCCAUUUUGAGCGUAGGAGACAAUGCUGGGAUAGAGACGGGGCAGCAAGACGGCUCGUGCUGCUGUCAGCAUCCCUGUGCUCUUUGUGAUCAUGAAGAGCUGGGACAAUGUCGUGAAGAAGCGUGGGCAAGAGAUACAAACUUUCAUCCUCAAGUCUCACAACUGUGCGGUUGAGUUUCCUGACAAUCCUAAAAAGCCCUUUCAAACCCGACAGCUGACUGGUUGACUAAUAGCUGUUGAUUGUUAGUUGACUGGUGAACUUCAAUCAAGCUACUACUUUAGGAUUUGCAACGACGUUGGACAUUUCCUUGGCAAUUAAGGUCUCUUUGACAUCAUCGUUCAGAGCGGUGGCACAAUGUCCAUCAUUGGUCGGAUGAUUGAGAAGAUCUAUGGACGGCCAGAAGUGCGGGUUCUUUUGUUGGGCCUGGACGCAGCAGGCAGAACCACCACUCUGUAUAAGCUGAAGCUGGGGGAGAUUGUCACCACCAUCCCCACCAUUGGCUUCAACGUUGAGACCGUCACGCAUGGGGGAACGUCCUUCACGAUGUGGGAUGUCGGGGGCUGCGACAAGAUCAGGCCUCUGUGGAGGCACUACUUCCAAAAUACGCAGGCUCUCAUAUGGUUCGCUCACUCGUCUGACCGAGACAGGGUCGAUGAAGCGCGGGAGGAGAUCCAGAGACUGUUAAGUGAGGAGGUUCUCCAAGACGUGCCUUUCCUAGUUUGGGCAACCAAGCAGGACCUUCCCAACGUGAUGACUCCAGAAGAGGUAUCCUCAAAGCUUGCCCUUCAGAACCUCGACCGCCCCUGGGCCUGCAUCGGCUGCUCGGCGUUCACCGGGGAGGGUCUCUACGAGGGUCUUCAGUGGAUCCAAGAUGCUCUUCGAGCCAAGAGAGGGUCGGGCCGAAAGGAAGCGGGCCCGGCGCGCGCGCCUCCGGAGCUGUCCACCAAGGAGAAGGAGAUGGAGGCCCUGUUGCAGCAGUGGCUGGAGCAGGAGGACGAGCCAGACGACGAGUUUCUGGACAAGUUUAGAACCUACACUCUAGACUCUUGGGACCACCGGACCCAUCUGCGCAUCGCGUGGCUGUACUUAACCAGAGAGGGCCGGAGAGAGGGCAUGCGGCUCAUUUUCGAGGGGAUCAAGGCGUUCAUUGCCAACAGCCCGAGGACGAAACGCGCGCGCGGCACGACGUUCCACGAGACGAUGACGUACUUCUGGGUGCAUAUGGUGCACUACGCGCUCGCGACCACCAGCAACCCCGACGGCGGCUUCAAGACCUUCCUCCUGCUCAACCCGCAGCUCGCCAACGGCGGCAUGUUUUUGGCCUACUACUCCAAGAAGCUGAUGCUGCACACGCCCGAGGCGCGGACGUCCGUCGUGCUGCCGGACAAGGCGCCCCUGCCCAGCCUGGUGUCGGACGUGCGCGAGCGCUCGAGCGCGUUGGAAAAGACGGCCGGGAUCUCGCCGGCAGCGGAGAGCAGUUCAACUGGAUCCGCCGUUCACGCCUCGGAAAACGACGCCGACUUCUUGGCGCGCUUCGAGGGCGGGCAGCUCGACCGGUGGAACCACGAGUGCCUGAUCCGGGUGAUCUUCCUCUACCUGAUUACGCUGGGAAGGGCUCAGGGAAAGGAGAAAAUACUAACCGAGCUGAGACGGCACGAAGGAAGCGGGUUCCACAUGACCAUCAACUACUUCUGGAUCCAAAUGGUGGAUUUUGCGCGGGCCACGUGGCAAAAGUCGAGGCAGGGAGGCCCCGCGCCUGGGGGGGUGCGAACCAAGAAGGACAUGGCGGCGGCGUCAGGUUUGGUUCGGAUUGGGGGUGUCGACGGGGACGGCAGGGAGUGUAGCGCUGGGGGGGAGUUCGGAGCGUUCAAAAGCUGGUGCCAAGGAUGGAAAGCGGGCGAGGGAAUCUUGACAAAUAGCAGGUUGUAUCUUGAUCACUAUCGCGAGAAGUCCAUCUUUGAUACAUCCGCGGCAGAAGUGUUCCGGCUGCCGGACCUCAAGCCUCUUCCAAGCCUUGUGGGUUGAUCCCGUUGACAUUGUACACGAUGGUUAUGUGGUUAGUGACCGUCACGGUCGUUGUAGUAGCC